AUGGGUAGGAAAGCUAAAUUUGAUGAAAAAGUUAAGACAAAUUUUAAUCAAAAAGAAAAGAAACGACAAAAGCCAUGUUUUCUAGAUGAAAUAGAAAAAUUUUCAGGAAAAUUAAGUCAUAGACAAAUACAAAGAGGUAGAAAAAGAUUGUUAAAAAAGGAAGUAAAAGGAAAUAAAAAGUUAUCAGCAUUUAAAAAGAAUUUUAAAAACGAAAUAUUACAUUCAGAAGAUAAUGUAAAAAAAAUUGAUCAAUAUUUAACUCAACAGAUUAGUGAUAAUUCUUAUAAUGAUAGUAAUAGCUGCAAAUAUUUAAAAGGUCAAAGUAUAGAUAAUGAAGAUGAAAUUAAUAGUGAUUCCGAAAAUUGCAGUGAUUUACUACCAAUUGAAAAAGCAAAUAAAAGUUUAAAAAAAAAACAAGAAACUGAAAGAGAAUUAGCUGAAGCUGAAAUGCGUGAAAGUACUUCAUAUCAGCAAAUAUUUACCUUUUCAGAAAUGCUUAAUAAUUCAAUAAAUUUUACUGAUAUACAACAACGUAUUCAGGAUAUUAUUUUAAUACUAACAGAUUUUAAUAAGCUACGACAAUUAGAUAGAUCUCGAUCAGAUUAUUUGGAAUUACUUCAAACAGAUUUAUGUACAUACUUUAGUUAUAAUAAAUUUUUAAUGGAAAAAUUAAUGCAAAUAUUUCCAUUAAAUGAAUUACUUGAAUUUUUGGAAGCUAGUGAGGUACAAAGGCCUAUGACUCUUCGAACAAAUACUCUAAAAGUACGACGACGUGAUUUAGCACACAAUUUAAUAAGUAGAGGAGUUAAUUUAGAUCCAAUCGGAAAAUGGACAAAUAUUGGAUUGGUAAUAUAUUCAUCGCAAGUUCCAAUGGGUGCAACACCAGAAUAUUUGGCGGGUCAUUAUAUAAUUCAAGGAGCAUCUAGUUUUCUUCCUGUAAUGGCUUUAGAUCCAAAACCUAAUGAAAAAAUACUUGAUAUGUGUGCUGCUCCUGGUGGGAAAUCAUCUCAUAUUGCAGCAUUGAUGAAAAAUACAGGUAUUCUAUUUGCAAAUGAUGUAAAUAAAGAUAGAUUGAAGGCUGUAGUUGGUAACUUCCAUAGAUUAGGUAUAACUAAUUCAGUUAUUUGUAACCAUGACGGCAGAAAAAUAUCUUCGGUUGUAAGAGGAUUUGACAGAGUUCUAUUGGAUGCACCUUGUACAGGCACAGGGGUUAUUGUAAAAGAUCCUAGUGUAAAAAUUAACAAAGAUAAAAUUGAUGAACAAAGAUGUUGCACAUUACAACGUGAUUUAUUAUUGGCUGCUAUAGAUUGUGUCAAUGCUCGAUCAGGCUCUGGUGGCAUUAUUGUAUAUUCAACAUGCUCAAUACUUCCUGAAGAAAAUGAAUGGAUUAUUAAUUAUGCUUUAAAAAAGCGUGAUAUUAAAUUAGUUCCAACUGGGUUAGAAUUUGGAGCUGAUGGUUUUACUAACUACAGACAAUAUAGAUUUCAUCCUUCUUUAAAAUUAACAAAAAGGUUUUACCCUCAUGUGCAUAAUAUGGAUGGUUUUUUUGUUGCAAAACUUAAAAAAUGUUCAAAUAUAAUACCUAACGGAGAAAUUAUUAUUGAAAAAGAUGUUGAAAACUAAGUAGUAUGACAGUAAAUAAAUAUAUUGUUAAAUUAUAUAAAUAAGUAA